AUGGAUAAAGAACAGUUUCGUUUCUGUAUUAAAGUGCGUACUGCACUUCAUAUUGAACCAAUAUUUAUUCAUAAUGAAUUAUAUACUAUCUUUGGUGAUGAAGCUCCCCCUCUCAGAACUGUUCAAAGAUGGUCCAAAUGGUUUCGUGAAGGUCGAGAAAAAGUUGAAGAUGAAGACAGACCUGGCCGACCUAUAACGGAGACAACAUCUGAAAAUAUUGAACAAGUUCGCGAUCUUAUUAAUGAUAAUCCUUAUGUUACAACUGACAAACUUAAAGCAUAA